GGAUUUUUUUUUCCUUUUAAUUGGCACAGCGCCGACCACAUAUUCUUCGAUUCUUCUGCAAAGGAAAGUGCGGAGCGUAGCUCAGUCUGCAUGGCUCAUCUUGUGUGACCGUGGGUGAUCGUGUGUAACCGUGUCCCGGAUGAGUCACCGUGGCUGUGCUGUUAUUGUUGUUGGCAGCAGCAGUAAAUAAUUCACGGCGAAUCUCAACCCCAAAACAUAGUCCUUCGAGCUUUUUCCACAACCGUCGACCGCUGAUUUAUCUCUUCAAGUUUCUCAAAAUCGACACUUCGCCCAGACAGUGUAAGACAUGGCCAAACUUAUUCAUAUAGACGGCCGCACAGGCGAAGGCGGCGGUCAGCUCGUUCGGCUGGCAAUUGGUCUCUCAGCAGUGACUACUCGACCUGUCAAAAUCGCCAACAUCAGGGGCAAUAGACCUAGCAAGGGCAGCUCAGGGGGAGGCCUGAAGAAUCAGCACGUCACGUCGAUACGAUGGCUGGCUGACGUAACAGAGGCAGACGUGGAGGGUCUCAGAGUCGGAUCCACGACGCUGACAUUCAUCCCACGCCGAAAGCCAUCCCAGCUUGUGCAGAGAAACUUCAAGAUCACAGCCGAGUCGGGCGCCGCCAGCACACUACUCAUCCUCCAAGCCAUCCUGCCCUUCUGCGUCUUUGCUGGCAACGAGAGCAACGAGCCAGUCGUGCUUGAUAUCGUGGGUGGUACGAAUGUUUCCUUCUCGCUGAGUUAUGAGUAUCUCGAUCAAGUUCUCUUGCCAACGCUUGAGGAUCGAUUUGGUAUUGUUGUCGAACGACAGUUGAAGAGUCGCGCUUGGAGUCUGGGGUCGUCCGGCAAAGGCGAGAUUACCAUAAAAGUCCACCCAUUACAGCCCAAGCAAGCGCUGCAAUUCCGAACGCGGGACUUUGUCUAUCCCACGUCGUGGCAGCUGAAGUCUGUCAAUGUGACCAUCAUCACGCCGAGUUUGUCUCACAGUACACUCCAGGUAGAGAUUGUGGCCAGAUUGGAGCAGCUUUUUCCGACGGUGGAUAUUACGUUCAAAGCCACGGAAGACUCUGGUAAUGUGGCGAGAUGGUACAUUCUGCUAGUGGCAACGUCCACCGACGGGCUUCGCUGGGGCCACGAUAUCCUGGUGUCCAUGCCGAAGAAGACCAAGUCACCAGACAAGUUCGCCGCGCAAGUAGCGCAGCAGGUCUGCAAGGGGCUGGAUAAGGAGAUACAAGUAAGGGGACAGGUUGACGAGCACCUUCAAGACCAAAUAGUCUGCUUUCAGGGGCUAUGCAGUGGGCUUUCAUCUAUGCCGAGGGGCAGCUUGCCCACGGAAACGCCCUCUGUAUCUGUGGAUGAGCAAGGAUUCUUGAGCGCAAAUAUUGAGAAUAUGCGUCGAGAGAAGGGACUUCAGCCAUUUGGCCAUGGGUCGCUGCACACGCAGACUGCGCAUUGGAUUGUCAAGGAGCUGCUGCCCGAGGUCCAAUUCUUCGCCAAGGGGGACGUUGUCCAGGGUAUAGGCUGGGUAUAGGCAAGCAAAUUAGAGUUUCGAACUAGGAGAAUAGACAUACAUAGCGUUUUCUUAUCAUAGCUUUCUCCGAUGCAGAGGAUCGCCUCAG